UCUUCUUUCCCAUCAGAAAAUCCUUUCUUUCCAGUCUAAGCUCACUUUCUCUCUCCUCAAUCAAACUUUUCCACUUUCUCUCUCCUCCAAAAAUCCAAAAAGCUUCGACCUUUAACUUCAAUGGCGGAUUUAACAACUCCCCAUUUGCUUAAACAAUGAAGAUCACCCCAAACACCGACCUGUCUGCUUUACUCUCCUCGAAAAACCCACUCCAGCCACAAAAAGCCCCAGAUCUUCCCAAAAAGCCCCUCCGUAAAACUCCCCGGAAAACCUCCCGGAAUACCCCUCGUCUGUCUAAAAAGUCCGGCCCCCCUACCCCUCUGCUUCGGUGGAAGUUCCACGAGGAGAGAGAAAAUGGUGGCGGGGGAGGCGGUGGUGGUGUGAAGGAUAGUAAUGGUUAUGAUGGUGGGAAUGCCGUUGAGGAGAAGUCGCCGGAAUGUCGGCGGAAAUCCAGGAGAGAGAAAGUGGGUCCCCCUGUUUCAGCAAGGAAGCUUGCUGCUACUCUUUGGAGGAUGCAGUUGGUGGUUCCGGAAAAUGGCAGCGGAAAUGGUGGUUGUGGCGAAGGCGGCGGUGGUGGUGAGCAGCUGAAGGAGCGGCGUGGGAAGAAAGAGAGUGAAGAUCGAUUAGGGUUUAAGGUGCGUUUUAACUCGUUGUUUGAGACUCAAGAUCUGAACUUGAAUUUAUCCAAGCCUGCGAAUGGAAAUGGUGGCGAUAGGUUAUCCUGUCAUCAUGCUAGCAGAGAGUGUGGCUCUGAAGCAAAAGACCGGAGCCCGUGUUCUGUCAAUGGUCCAACCAAUGGAUAUCAUUGUGAGCGGCAACCUCCAUUUCGCUUUACUAAUUACGCAAUGGAGGGUGCAACAAAGUGGGACCCAGUGUACUCAAAAGAAUCAAAUGAGCAUCAUGAUGAUUUGAAAUCCCUUGAACAAAAAGUAAAUGCUGCCUCGAAGAUCUCUUCACUUGAGAAGGAAGUUGAGCAGGGUCGGGGGAGAAUCGAAGAGCUGGAAGCAGAGAGACGUUCCUCAAAGAAGAAACUUGAACACUUCUUGAAGAAGCUUAGCGAGGAAAGGGCAACAUGGCGGAGCAGAGAACAUGAGAAAGUCCGUGCUAUUAUUGACGAUGUUAAAGCUGACUUGAGCAGAGAAAGGAAGAAUCGGCAAAGACUUGAAAUUGUUAACUCAAAGUUGGUGAAUGAAAUGGCAGAAGUGAAGUUAUCAGCAAAGAGAUAUAUGCAGGAGUAUGAGAAAGAGAGGAAAGCUCGAGAGUUGAUCGAGGAAGUAUGCGAUGAGCUGGCAAAGGAAAUCGGGGAGGACAAGGCUGAAGUUGACUCGCUCAAGAAGGAGUGCAUGAAAAUCAGGGAUGAAGUUGAAGAAGAGAGGAAAAUGUUACAGAUGGCAGAGGUGUGGCGAGAAGAACGUGUACAGAUGAAGCUGGUUGAUGCAAAAGUAGCUCUUGAUCAGAAGUAUUCACAAAUGAACUAUCUUGUAUCAGAGCUUGACAAAUAUCUCAGGUCUAAGGGUGUGAACCUUGAUAUAAACGAGAUGAGGGAAGCUGAGCUGUUUAAACGAGCUGCUGCAUCUAUAAACAUUAAAGAUGUAAAAGAGUUUACAUAUGAGCCAUCAAACCCAGAUGAUAUAUUCGCUGUUGUUGAAGAAAUGGUGAUGGCAGAAAGCAAUGUGAGAGAGAUUGAACCGUGUGUUGAUGAUUACAGCCCAGUGAGCCAUUCUUCCAAAGUUCAUUCUGAAACCAACAACCAUAGCAAAGAGAGUUUUCACAGACUUUCAAAUAAUGUAUAUGGAAAUGGCAAUCAGAGUGGUGAGAUGGAUGAUGAUGGGAGUGGAUGGGAAACUGUGAGCCAUGCAGAAGAUCAGGAUCAAGGAUCUAGUUAUUCACCGGAGGGAAGUAUGAUGUCGGUUAAUAGAAUGUACCGGGAUAGUAAUGCCUCAGGUAGCUGCAGUGAAUGGGAAGAACAGGUGGGUGAUGAAACACCCAUUACAGAGAUCAGCGAAGUCUGCUCAGUUCCAUCAAAAAAGGUGAAAUCAAUCUCAAGGCUUUGGCGAUCAGGUGAUAAUUACAAGACAAUAUCUGUGGAUGGGGUGAAUGGAAGGCUUUCGAAUGGACGGGUUUCUAACAUGUCACCUGAUCGUGGAUCCAGUAAGAGCGGGGUUAGUCCGUCAGCUAUAGUUGGGUGGAACUCACCUGAUAAUAGAGGGAUGAAAGGUUGCAUCGAAUGGCCUCGUGGAGCCCAUAAAGGCAGUUUGAAGCAUAAGCUCCUGGAGGCAAGAAUGGAGUCUCAGAAGAUCCAAUUACGGCAGGUAUUAAAACAGAAAAUAUGAAGUAAUAAAGAGGUGGAAGUACCUCUCAUUCUAUUCUUCGCCCCCAAUCCCAUGUAAACUACAGAGGCGCCAGUAGAAGAUUGAGAUCGAAACCAUAGGUAAUAAUACCGAUCUUAUGCUAGGAAUUUUGGUUUAAUCACUCUUGCAACCCACAAUGAAGGUGAAAUAAUGACAGACUUAAGCUUAGAGCAGCUAACUAUGUCUAUGUUAGUCCUCCAUAUUCUUUGUAAUUAGAAUGUAAGGAGUAAUGUAGUUAUGGUCAAAGUGGGGGUUUACAAGAGAAGAUAUUUCUUUGUAUUUGUACCAGUAGAAUCAUCUAUAUUUGUAACCCAUCAACAGUUGAGGAAAGUAUAUUCUCAGGUUCGCCUUUUCCUCAA